AUGUCUUCACUCGAGCCACGUCAAGGUGUUAUACGGUGCAAGCAGACGAGCUUGGUCGAUUGGAAUGCUCUGAAGAAGGCUUGGAGACCAAGUAGACACACUGAAGCACUUCACAAAAUAUACAUUUCCCAGCUCCAAAGGCGUAAAGUGACUGGGUUGACAGCGACGGGAGAUAUUUUUUGUUUCAGGAACCGAUACCAGAACAAAUGCUCAAGCAAGCCUGGACUUCAUAGAAAUCACAGAACACAACUAUCGCAGACCAGGUGGUUGAAAUUCCUACACAAAGUGUUGACCAAGGUCCUUGUUGCCCGGGCUUACUUUUCUCUGGUAAAGAGCUUCAGGGACCCUUUCGCUCUGAGCUUGAAUUCUGGGGGGCUUCGGGCCUCACCAUUCAUACAUCUCGAAAUAAAAUCCUGCGGAAAGCCUCAGAGAAUUUCGAAUGAAAAAUGCUGCUCCAAGAGCGUUUGGACAUUCAUGGUGAUGGACAUGACAAUGCAAAGCCUUUCUGGAAGUGUCUUUACACAGUAUCCAGCCUUGGAUGAGAAGUGCAGAGAGAUCCAGGGCAGAUUGUGUUAG